AUGGAGAACGAAAACCUAGAACCGGGGACCGAUUUAGGCCUUGCACUGGGGUGUUCCGGUUACACGAUCGCGAGAAGGACCAGCAAUGAUCUCGGUGCAGGUGCAAAUGCAGCUUCAAGUAUCAUCGUGAAUUUCGUGGCCGCCGAUCCCUUGUCCGAAAUAGUUUGGUCUCCACACAGAGGUCUCUGUCUCAAAUGUACCGAAUGCAGCUUUUUGGACAAUGAACAUUCCCUUCUCCGGGCUGCAGGAGCGAGUAAUAUGGUGAAUCAGCAAACCAAUACAUCCUCCUCUACAUUCCUUGAUCUGAAUGCUAAAGUUUUAGACAUGGACUACUUGGACAAAUCGGCCGGAGAUAACGAUGGCAUCCGGUUGUGCCAUGAGCCACAGAUCGAUAAUGACGAUUCUUUACAAGAAGUGGCACGAAUCGAGUCUUUAUUCGAUGAUCCCGCAAAUGAAGUCGGAGAUGUCGGUCAUCAGACUUGGUUGGCACGGAUGGAGAUGGUUUUGGCAUCUGAAGUUCAAACCAACAAUGAGUGUGGAGCAUCUGGACCUCCAGAGAACAAAUUGACUUCUGCUGAAGCUGAAAAGGACUAUGAGCACCAUGAGGGGAUACAAUCAUGCAGAAGAAAAGGAAAGGAAAAAACUUUAUCUGAUGGAGAUGUUAAAGGGAUGAUGUCGAAAGCCGAGGUCGAUGACAGCGACGAGAGUGUUGAAAGUUGUAACAGUGCUGCAUUAUUCUCUACAGGCAAAAGACGGAAGGGCUUUGAGCAAGAGUUGAUUGUUGGGAGCAAAAGAGUGAAACAAGAUAGUCCCUUCAUGAACUGGAUAUCAAAUAUGAUGAAAGGGUUCUUGAAAGCGAAAGACGAAACGCCCUCUCUUAUGCUUACUGCUGCAAAUACCAAUAAGGCACACGGGAGUGCCAUCGAGAAUCUUGAUGCAAGCAAUACGAAACGAGAUCCGGGGUGCGGAAGUUCGGUUUCCAAUCUGUUUUUCACACCAAGGGUAGGUCCGAGUAAGAGAAGUAACGAGGAAAAUAUUGCACAGAAUACGAGUUCGAACAAUUUGCCUGUGGAUGUGAUGAAGAAAAAGCAAGCACUAGUUCUUCUUUAG